AAUAGGUAAGCAGGUAAGCUAAAUUAUCUUCAAUUAUAACGUUUGCAGAUUAUGUGUAUAUUAUUUACCCUUAGACUAUGAUUCUAUCCUUCUCUAAGUAUUUACCCCUUACACUUGACAGUUGUACAAAUUCAAAUUUUAGCGCGCUUGCGUUUGCGCAGUACCGAGGGAGUCAUUGUGCAACACAUCUGCAAGUUAGACAACACACAAUACACAACAAGUAUUAAUACGUGAAAUAUGGAACUUUCCCUAAAACAUGAGUAAAACUGUGCUUUAAUUUGGUAGCUGGGUAAUAUCAGAAAACAGUGAGCAUAGGCACAAUGGGUAAGGUGCGACGACGACGUAGCAAAUCCAGUACACCUUCCAAUGAUAAAUGUGGACCUCAACCACCUUACACCUCCACUGACAAUUCAAACAUUGAUAAAAAACUGUCAGAUACUGCAAGUAUCAAGUCGUUUAAAUCAGAAAUGGGUGGUCAAAUAACGAAAAAAACCAAAUUGAAGUUUCGCAGAUCGAUGUUGUUAAACAAAAUGGACAAUAAGGGGGUCGAUAAAAAUUCCACCAAAUUUGUUCCCAACACUGGCAAAGUGGGGAAGGUUUUGCGUAAGAAGGGUACUGAAAAGGCGAGCGUACGGCAGAAGAAAUUCCUCCAGGGUGUAAAGUUAUUUAAGAGGAUAAUGGAGAAUCGACAAUUUAAAAAGAAUCCUAAAAAGAUGAUCUCGAAACAUAUGGCAUCAGUUGUUACAAUAAUAAAACCUUAACUGUAGUACUGUUAAAUAAAGUUUAUUUAAAUAAUUA